GGAAGGGGGCGGCAGAGUCUCUCGCGGUCGUGGUCGGGGCUGCAGGAGCUGGUGUCAGGGUUGCCGGGCGUGCGAAGGCGGCGGAGGCGGGAAAGGCAGCGAGCGGUUAAAGGGGAGCGACCGCUGACUUGCAGAGGAACCUGGAGGAGAGAUGGUGAUGGCGGCUAAGAAGGGCCCGGGCCCGGGUGGCGGGGUCGGAGGGAGCAAAGCGGAGGCUGAAGCCGCUUCGGAGGUGUGGUGCCGCCGAGUGCGGGAGCUGGGCGGCUGCAGCCAGGCCGGGAACCGCCACUGUUUCGAGUGCGCCCAGCGCGGGGUCACGUAUGUGGACAUCACCGUGGGCAGCUUCGUCUGCACCACCUGCUCCGGCCUCCUGAGAGGCCUGAACCCCCCUCAUCGAGUCAAGUCAAUCUCCAUGACAACUUUCACUGAGCCAGAAGUCCUGUUCCUCCAAUCUCGUGGAAAUGAGGUCUGUCGAAAAAUCUGGCUCGGUCUUUUUGAUGCUCGGACAUCGUUGAUACCAGAUUCCAGGGAUCCUCAGAAGGUGAAGGAGUUUCUCCAAGAAAAAUAUGAGAAAAAAAGAUGGUACGUCCCCCCAGAGCAAGUCAAGGGGCCCUCUUACAGCAAAGGCAGUGUCUCUGCUACCCCUGUCCAGGGCUCUGUUCCAGAAGGGAAACCCAUUCGGACACUUCUGGGAGACCCUGUGCCAUCUCUCUCUGAUCCUGCUUCCACUUCAAGCCAGGCUGGGAGCCAGUCGCAGGCACGCAGCUCGCAAGCCAGGAGCUCCCAGCCUCCUUCCCAUUCAUCCACCAAGAAAGCCAGCACUGACCUGCUGGCGGAUAUCGGGGGAGACCCCUUUGCUGCUCCCCAGGUGGUGCCAGCCUUUGCCUCAUUCCCAGGAUUUGGAGCAGCAUUUGUAUCCCCUCCUCCAGUAGGCCAGACUCCUGCCCAUGGAGGCUUUGCCAACUUCGAUGCCUUCAGCAGCAGCCCUGGCUCUUCCGCCUUCGGAAGCCUCCCUCCAUCCGUCCAAGCGCCGUUCCAGGCCCAGCCGACCCCUGCAGCCAAUCGGAUGCUAACUGGAAGUUACAGCUUUGGAAGUGGCCAGAUGUCAGCGUUUGGUGUGGCACCCCUUGCAGCUGCCAGUCAACCCAACAACCUUGCAGAUAUGGGCGGCCUCCUGGGUCCCAGGAUGGCUGCCGGAGGUCUCCCUGGCAGUGUUUUCGGGAUGCCGAGCCAGGUUCCUGCCCUGCAGUCGGCCGUGCCAGGUGUUAGCGGCAGUGGAGGGCUCCCCUUUGGAGCCUACACCAACCCCUUCGCCACCCCUGCCCAAGCCCAGCUGCCUUCUACCAACCCAUUCCAACCCAAUGGUCUAGCCUCAGGGCCUGGCUUCGGGAUGAGCAGUGUUCGGCCUGGCCUUCUUCAGCCAGUGCCACCCUCUGGGGCCUUUGCCAGUCCCUUCUCUGCACCCGUGUUCCCCACACAGGCUGGACUGGUCGACCAGCAGAAUGGCUCUUCCUUUGGCGACUUGGGGACCUCUAAGCUGGGGCAGAGGCCACUGAGCCAGCCGGCUGGGAUCUCUACCAAUCCUUUCAUGACUGGAUCCUCAGCGUUUGCCUCCAAACCUCCAACCACAAACCCAUUCUUGUAGCACUGUGUCACUGGGGGAAGAAGGGGCUCUCCCCUCCUGGGGGUGUGGGGGACAACUUCUACUUCUGCUGCACCCCUCAGAGCUCUGGUGACCAUUUGCCUGUGGGGCAUUUCUGUGGGUCUGAGGCUGGGAUUGGGCCUGGGUUGCGGGGCUUAUGGACCUGGGAAGAGGGGAGGUUUAGAAGUGUGACUUGGAGAUGAAUCAGACUCUAGCCUCCUGGUCUGCCGCCCAGGGGCUUCCUCUUCCUCGCCGGACACCUACCCAGGAAGAAGCCCACCAGGAGACCCCAUAGUGGUGUAGUUCUGUCAGAUUAUUAAGUAUGAAGACAGUCUUCGAUCCUGUCCCUCCUGGCCUGUGGGGAGAGAAGCUAGGCACAGCCCUAGCAGCUCCUUCCUCCACACCCAACCUUCCAAAGCUGCCGCUUUCCUCCCAGAUCGAAGCAAAGCUCGGAUGUAGGGUAAAGAUGAGGCCUGGUGUUGAAAGCCACCAGAUAGCCCUGGGACUGCGGAGCUUCUGGUGUCUAGUGCUUUUUGUUUGCCAGACUCGGCCACACCCACUUCUCUCCACCUCAGUUCUUCCUAGCUGCCCCCUCAUCUUGUCCGUCAGGGUGGGGGAGUUUGACCUACAGAGUAUGCGUGCCCGCCUCCUGUCAAGCACUUUAGUUAGCCCUGUCAUGUUUGGAUACCAGUGUUUUAUAUUUAUAAAUAGAGACUUUUCUAAUAUAGCUAUUAUAUACAUAAAUAAAUAAAUAUAUAUAUGCAUACACAUAUGUAAACAGAUAAACACCGCUGGCCAUUCUUUUUCUCCCAGACAACCCUUGAACUUGGGGGACUUGGGUAGGAGGAUCACAAGUUCAAGACUAGCCUGGACAGUUUUGAGACCCUCCGUCUCAAAGGAAAAAAAACGAUAAAAAGUAAAAACAGAGAACUCAGGAUGUAGUUCAGUGGUAGAGCACUCGUCUAGACUCCUCCUCCCGGGAACUUGAAGAGUAGGGUAACUCCUGCCUGUGCCUGGAUAAUCAAACCCGGAGCCCCAGGGCUCAGGGGAGGACAACCAAGUGUCCUGACGCUUUCCACAAUGUACACGAGAAGGGGUACCCCAGAGGCUAGGCUUUUCCAAUGAAAAGUCUGCGAUUGGCUGAGGAGUUUUGUGGUUUUUUUUUUUGUUUUGUUUUGUUUUUUCUUUUUUCCACAUUCCUCCCUCUGCUCCCAAAUAUCUGCACCAAAGCUUGUUUGGAGGCAAUGUCGGAAAAGAUUGCGUUUGAAAGGAUUAAAAAAAAAAAAAAAAA